AUGGACGACGACUACGGAGCCGACGACGAACUUCUGGCCGCCUUGGCAGCUGCUGAUCCAGCACCAGUCGCACGACCAACACCAUCAAAGAUCCAGCAACCCACGCCUCAACGACUCGACAAAGCGCCUCCUUCUUCGGCCUCGAGCGCAGGAAAAGUAGUACAACCAACACCCCAAGCCCUACCGCAGAAACAGUCUGGAUCAACAAUCUUGGUAUCGCCCCGUCAGCGAGGAAAUCCUGUGCUUACAGGCAUUCGAUCUAUGCCAUGGGAGUACAGCGAUAUUCCGGCCGAUUAUGUUUUGGGCCUAGGUACAUGCGCUCUAUUCUUGAGUCUUAAGUAUCAUCGUCUUCAUCCCGAGUACAUCUACACUCGCAUCCGCAAUCUUCAGGGAAAAUAUAACCUGCGCAUCCUUCUCACAAUGGUCGACAUCACCAACCACGAAGCCUCCCUCAAAGAACUCUCUAAAACAUCCCUCGUCAAUAACGUCACCCUCGUACUAUGCUGGUCCGCCGCCGAAGCCGCGCGCUACAUUGAGCUGUACAAGAGCUACGAGAACGCCUCCUUUGGCGCUAUUCGUGGCCAGCAGCCCUCGAGCUACGGCGAGAGGCUCGUCGAGUUCGUCACCGUGCCUAGAGGUCUGAAUAAGUCGGAUGCUGUCGCCGUAGUAAGCAACUUUGGCAGUUUGAGGAAUGCCAUCAACGCCGAUGCGGAGCAGCUCGGUAUGCUUAACGGCUGGGGCGGUAUCAAGGUAAAACGAUGGGUUUCUGCGGUUGAAGAACCGUUCAGAGUAAAAAAGGCUGCAAAGAGAGGCGCACAGGCUUCAGCGAGACUUGACCAAGCUCUACCCAUUUCUCGUGUACCUCUACGAGACAUGCCAGCUGCUGUAGCAUCAUCUUUUUCACGACAAACCCCCGCCGAAGAAACGUCUUCUUCUGAAAACCCCCAGGGCCAGGCGUCAAAGCAGUUCCAGUUUAUGGCGGACACUGAUGAUGAGGAUGAAGACGAUGAAGAAGCCAUGCUUGCUGCUGCCAUUGAAGCUUCAAAGAAGACUGCCCAGACAGAAGAAGCUAGUCGAACGAGUCAAACAGAUAAGGAUGACCAAGUCAGUGAAGGCAUUGCAGCUGCCCUUGCAAGAAUGAGAGAGAGUGGUUAA